UGUAGCAACAAGCACUUUAGUCCGCUCAACUUCCCCGUUUUUGUCUUUUGUUCCUUUAAUGUUGGCUGCUUGCGGUUUGAAAACGCCUUCUUAAAUGAGACACGUACCGGGCACAGGACGCACUUUGAAUCGACAUUUAUCCAGUUAGUUCAGUUAAAAUAACAACAAAGUAAAAAGAAAACCGGCAGAUCUUCAAAAUGUUUAACGACUCGCUUCCUUCGAGAAUUAACGUGGUGCUUGUGAUGGCCUAUGGCAGUCUGAUUUUUGUCUUGCUGUUCAUCUUUGUCAAAAGACAAAUUAUGCGACUUGCCAUGAAGUCUCGAAGAGGACCACAUGUACUCCUUGGCCACAACGCACCAAAGGAGCUGAGACAAGAAAUUGAUGCCAAGCUGAACCUGGUCCAGAAAAUCCACUUUGAGCCUCGUCUGCUGUCUCCAGAUGAUGACCGGUUAAUGCAGAGAGAACAGUCUGGUUCCUGUGACUAUUUGUAUAGAAUGAAAGCACUUGAUGCCAUCAGAGAUGCCGAUUUUCCUUUUCGUGAACUUGGAGGAACGUCCACCGCUGUUACUGGAAAAAGAUUUCGGACCUGGCUUCUGCAGCUACGAAAUUCCCACUGCAUAUUCAGAGAAAACCAGAGCUCUGUCAUCGACACGGUGCUAGAUGGCUACAAUAAAGCUCGUCAUGGGGCAGAGGCUUUUGGUGAAGCAGAAUUCUUGAAGUACCAGGAAGCCCUAACAAAACUGGCCUCCAUAGUGAAGUCUCAGAGCAGCAGCACUUUAAAUCAGCACCAUCAGUCUGCAGCCAGAGACCUGACCGGCACCACAGAACCUGCAAGCACCUCCUCUCCCUCUCCGACCCAACCCACCUACCUCUCAUCUACAAUGCAGCAGCGCAGCAAGAGGUCCAGACACUUCCUGGAGCUGAAGAACUUCAAAGACAACUACAACACUUUAGACAGUACACUCUGAAAAUGAGCCCGUCCAACAGAAAGUCAAGGACAAGGCAGCACUGCCAGUGAUUACGGAGCCUGAAGUCUCAGAGUGAAAAGACAAAAACACUGCCUUCAUACUCUAACAUGUAUUGCCUUGUUUACACUGUAGUGCAUAUCAGAUUACUGUUACAGUGCCCUUUACCUAAGUGUAGCUUAUGCAUAUUAUUGCAUGUAUGUAUUAUUGCAUGUAUGCGUGCUAUAUGCGUGGGUAGAAUGACUCUAACCGACUAUAGUAAGUAGGUUUGAUUUGACCAAAACAAAUCCAGAGCUAUUAGGCUAUGCAACAGCAUAAGACAAUCAGUAUUUAUUGCACAAUGUAAACACCUAUGCAGACUUGCUGAAAAUAACCAACUGUUUUAAAAUGUUAAUAGUUACAUUUUCAGAGAAAACCAGCAUUCAUUGUUGCUUAGUGAGAAAGAAAUCUGCUGUUGAUGUCACUUAUGUUUACACGUACAUCUUUGCUGUCUUUUGUUGCAGUGAAUUUGACAACUUGUUUUGUUGAUUUGUUUUUUUUAAGUCUUGAUCAUUUUUUUUACAGAAGCCAUAGUGCUACUUGUUUUCAGGAACUGUGAUUAAUAAGUGCAUUUUUAAAAAAAUCAGUUAUCUCAGUGCAAUGUGAAUUAACAGUAUUUCAGUGUAUUGAUGUAUUUUAAAUGUGGGGUAUUGCAUUAUGGGAACUCUGUUCCUUGACUCUUAAUGGUAUACUGAUAUGAGAGCUGCGUUUCAUUUUCAUCUGCUUUUAUGGUUUCCCAGGGAGGCAUUUUAAUGCCUGAAUAAUUUAUUUUAUGUGGUGCCUACUAUACAAUUUACCAUCCAAAUAAAAC